AUGCCUAUUCUCUCGGCAGGAUUCAGCCUCAAGGCAACCAUAUUAAUAAUACCUAGGUAUUUGAGAGCCCACAACGUCUCCCCAGUAUUCUAUAAUAUCUGCACAACACAAGUACGUUGUAGCAGGAUUUUAUCACAAUGGCCGAACAAUCAUCCCAGACACCGCGGAUGCGUAUCCGAGAACUUCUACCAACUCUUCAUCUCGGUGACUUCUCUACCGGCCCGCUCAACUCUCACAGACGUACCAGGUGUCAAAGUCAACACCCAAGAGGUCCAUGGCGACGAUGGAGCCAUCAAUACCGGAGUGACAUGCAUCCUGCCUCGCGACAACUGGUCUGAGGAAUUCUGUUACGCUGGCCCGUUCAGUUUUAACAGCGCUGGAGAGCUCACAGGCGCCAAUGUGGUCAAUGAGACUGGGCUGCUAAUUUCGCCUAUCGUCUUGACUGGGACACUCGAGAUAGUAAAGCCAGAACACGUUGUUGCCGGACUGGAGAAUGCAAGCGCAGAGAGAGUCAAGGAAGGAAAUACAGGAGGCGGGACUGGUAUGAUAUGCCAUAGAUUCAAGGCCGGGACUGGGAGCAGCAGUCGAGUCGUCCCUCGCGGAGACGGGAAGCCGGGUGUCAAGGGAUACACUAUCGGAGCCCUCGUGCAGACGAACUACGGUAAGAUGAAGGACUUGCGUAUUGGAGGAGUACCCAUUGGUCGGAUACUCGCUGCGGACGCUGCGAAGGAUGAAGCCAGAAAGGCUGCACUCGAAGACCUUGCGAGAGAGAAGGACCGCAAGGACGGGAGUAUCAUUGUGGUGCUUGCCACCGAUGCACCCUUGCACCCAUUACAACUGCAGCGCAUUGCGAAACGUGCAACAGUUGGCCUGGCCCGAGUUGGGGGUAAUGGCCAUAAUACCUCUGGAGAUAUCUUCCUUGCUUUCUCGACUGGGAAUUCGAUCCCGAACAUGGAUGUUCUCGGACCACGCAAGGGCCCGACACCACUGGCCAUCGAAGUUAUUGACGACAAAACGAUCGAUAAUCUCUUUGAUGCGACUGCAGAUGUGACUGAGGAGGCAAUAUACAAUGCACUUUGCAUGGCAGAGACUAUGACUGGCUACCUAGGGCGAAAAGUCGAGGCACUGCCACUUGAUAGGGUUAAGGAGAUUGUAACCAAGAGUGAUGUGAGCAGCGAGUAUUUAGGCUGA